AUGAAAGAUAAAAAAACGAGAUUAGUGGAAAAAAGCGCACGCGUCGAUGUGUCACGAGGUCAGAAGCACCGUCGGGACUUGAAACUCGCCGCGAAACAGGACCCAGUCCAAAACAUACCUCUCCAAAGAUGCGAAGAUUUCGACACGGCUUACCGCCAAAAGGAACACAAAAACCUCGUCAAAAUGACGGUCAUUGCUGUUUCUUCGUGCGCCGCAAGUGCUGUAUUAGGCGUUUGUGGAUUUUUGUUAAUUUGUUUGUGGCCUGUGAUUUUCGAUAACCUGAUGACAUUGCGCAACAACUCGCUUAUUUACCGGUACUGGAAAAAUGACCAAGUGGACAUUCACGCGAAUUUUUAUUUUUUCAACUGGACAAACCCAGAAGAUUUUUACGAUUUGUCUGUUAAACCGAAAUUUGAAGAAGUAGGACCUUACUCGUUUCUGCAAAAAACCGAAAAAAUAAACAUCACUUGGAACGACAACGGGACAGUGACGUUUAAACAAAAAAAAUAUUGGAUUCAUCAGAAGCAGAAUGGGGGUGUUAAUCUCGAGGAUCCGAUAGUUACCUUGGAUCCUGUGCCUUUAAUUGCAUCAUAUUUACUACGAGACUGGAAUUAUUACACAAAAAAAGCUGUUUCCAUGACGUUAUCGCCAUUUUUUCGGAAACACUAUAUGACGCAAUCUGUGGGAAAUUUACUGUUCGAAGGUUACCCAGAACCGUUAAUUAAAAUCGCCGCAGCGACUCCUUUGUUCUCCCAUUUCGAAUUGCCAAAUUGGGACGCUUUUGGUUACUUCUACGAAAGAAAUGGCACAUCUGAAUUCGAAGGGACUUUGAACAUGGGUACUGGAGAAAAUGCACCUUUUGGUUACAUUCAUUUCUGGAACUAUCAAAAUAAAUCAAAAUAUUACGACGAUGCUUGUGCCGAUGUUCGCGGUUCGGCUGAGCAGUACUUUCCAAGAAACUUAAAAAAGGACAUUCUGAGAUAUUUUAUGUCGGAUAUGGGAGGAAAUGCAAAUUUAACAUUUGAAAACGAAGAAACUGUUAACAGUAUAUUAGGUUACAAGUAUGUAAUAGGGGAAAGAACCCUCGACAACGGAACAAAUUACCCAAAAAAUAGAUGCGUUUGUACUGGCGAAUGCGUACCUUCUGGUACCAUCAAUGUUACAAGGCUAAGGCACAAUCUUCCCGCGUUUGCAUCACUGCCUCACUUUUAUCAAGCCGAUCCCUAUUAUGUUAAUUUGGUAGAUGGUUUAGAGCCUAAUAAAAGCAAACACGAGUUUUAUUUGAUAGUUGAACCAACGACUGGUAUACCUCUGAAAGGAAACGUCGCUUUGCAAGCUAAUUUGCUAGUACAACCAGUUUCUGGUCUAUCAAUGUUUGAAAAUGCCCCAAAAUUUUUCUGUCCGAUCUGGUGGGUUAGCUACUCCUUCGAAAUACAACAAGGUUUACUUGUAUUUUUGGUGAAAUUGCUUUUAUACGCAGAAGAUGUACAAAAAUGCGACGAAAAGUACGGCGCCUAUGGGUUUUCUAGUAUGUGCGGCGAUGAUGACUCAUCGUCGGUAACAGCGGCCGGACGGCGCUCGGUAAAGAAAAGCCUGGAAGCGGAAGUCGCAAUCGAUGCUUCAGAACAAGCCUAG